GCCGCAGAGAUGGAGAUUAUAACCAUUAUCUACUACUAAUAGUAGCAUCGUGGGAAGAUAAAGUUAACAGACACUUACAUUUUGUGUAAUUUGUGACUAAUACUUACUCCUCUUGAGCUCCUCAAAGGCUCAAACGACUUCGGCCUUACUUAUCUAUGUAUACUCUAGAUUACCUUGCAGUUAAACAUGAUCGAGUAGCGCCACUACCAAGAUAGCGCAUUUCCCAUUCCAAUCGUGCUUACGAUAAGCACCCCGAGAAGAGGGGGACAUACCAUUCUAGGGCAUCAUGAAGCAAGUGUGGGGUGAAUGUAUGGGUGCUCCCUACAUACUAUGCACAUAGUAGGUAGUAUUCAUCCUACCUCACUCAGUACCUAGUUAUAGGUUAGUAGGUAUUCAUCGAUCUGAUAGAUUCCAUCUACGACAAUCAAGUCUAUAGUAUACUCUAGACCGUUAAUCAUUUUGUAGUUCUCCAAUUGGAGAUUACUUGACCUACCUAGGCUAGUAGUUACCUACAUAAUACCUACACACUAACCCAGCGUAACUUGGAAAGGACCUACUAAUAUUCCGGCUCCUCCUCUUUCUACCCCUACCUAUUCGUCAACUACUUAUAGACCAGCAUAUAAAACACCAAUACCAUUGGUGUAUAACCCCAAACGACAAGCUGGCUAAUCAACGCGGGAGCGCGGAGUGGCUCUUCAACAUCGACACGAUGGCCUCGCCAACCCAUCAUGUGGUAGAUAUCCAUACGCACAUGUACCCACCGGCGUACAUCGAGCUCCUCGAAUCCCGCAACAGCAUACCCCUAAUCCGGAAGUUCGCCGGUGCAGACGAGCCCCGCCUCAUCAUCUUACCCGCCGAGGCCGAAUCUCUAGACAAGACCACCACAACCACCCCCAAUGACCCAGCUUCGUCGACAUCGUCAUCACCCCAUCUGCCAGGCCGCCCCGUGACCUCGCACUAUUCGUCGCUAAAGCAAAAGCUGCAUUUCAUGGACACCCACCAGAUCGACAUCUCGGUGAUCUCGCUCGCGAACCCGUGGCUCGACUUCAUCCCCUCCGAGGACGCCGGCGAGACCGCCAAGUCCAUCAACCAGGAGUUCUCGCAUAUGUGCGGCCAAGCUCCCGGGCGCCUCUUCUUCUUCGCCACCUUACCCCUCACCGCGCCGCCGGAAACCCUCCUCGCGGCCGUCGGCCACAUCCGCAGCCUCAAGUACUGCCGGGGCGUCAUCCUCGGCACCUCGGGGCUCGGCAAAGGCCUCGACGACCCCGCUCUCGUCCCCGUGUUCCGCGCGCUGGGCGCCAACAAGCUGACCGUCUUCCUGCACCCGCACUACGGGCUGCCGAGCGAGGUGUGGGGACCCCGCGCGACCGACGAGUACGGGCACGUGCUGCCGCUCGCCCUGGGGUUCCCGAUGGAGACGACGAUCGCGGUGGCGCGGAUGUACCUGGCGGGCGUCUUCGAGCAGGCGCCGGAGCUGCGGCUGAUCCUCGCGCACAGCGGGGGCACGCUGCCGUUCCUGGCGGGGCGCAUCGAAAGCUGCGUCGUGCACGACGGGCAGCUCGUGCGCGAGGGGAAGGCCGGGCCCGGGUCCGGCCGGCGCACGCUGUGGCAGGUGCUGAAGGAGCAGAUCUACCUCGACGCAGUCGUGUACUCGGAGGUGGGGCUCAAGGCGGCGGUGGAGGCGAGCGGGGUUGAUAGGCUCAUGUUCGGCACCGACCACCCGUUCUUCCCGCCGCUCGGCAGCGACGAGCAGGGCGAGUGGGAGAGCGUCACGUGGAAUGCGGAGGCGGUGAGGAAGGCGCUGGGGGAGGGGAGCGAGGGCGCGAGGGCGGUGAUGGGCGGGAAUGCGUUUGAGAUACUCCGGUUGCAUGAGGAGGAUGCUGCGGGUGCGGAUGCAAAGGUCAUAUAACUAGGUAGGCAUGUAGAAGGUUCUCCAACAUCAACAACUACCACGUCACGGCUCCGUUUAUUACACUAUAGCCAGCCCCUUAUACGUCCGUGGAGUUAAUUCACCCACUGAAUUCAAAUGUUGUGGUGUGGCUUCACAGUAUUAGGUCAUUUAUCUCUCAGAUACCAGAUCAACACGAUGCGGGAAGCCUAGCUGUCUACCUUAUCUAGUACUAC